ACUGCUGCCGCCGCGGCCACCACCAAACAGAUCCAAGCUGGCUCCUUGCGCCAUGGUAACCCACAGCAAGUUCCCCGCCACCGGGAUGAACCGCCCCCUGGACACCAGUCUGCGCCUCAAGACCUUCAGCUCCAAGAGCGAAUACCAGUUGGUGGUGAACGCUGUACGCAAAUUGCAAAAGAGCGGCUUCUAUUGGAGUGCGGUGACCGGUGGGGAGGCCAACCUGCUGCUAAGCGCUGAGCCCGCGGGUACCUUUCUCAUCCGAGAUAGCUCGGAUUAGCGCCACUUCUUCACUCUCAGCGUCAAAACCCAGUCCGGGACAAAGAACUUGCGAAUCCAGUGCGAUGGCGGGAGUUUUUCCCUGCAAAGCGAUCCCCGGAGCACCCAGCCGGUGCCUCGCUUUGACUGUGUUCUCAAACUGGUACAUCACUACAUGCCCCCCUCUUCUUCCUCCUCCUCAACUUCCUCUGCGGCCUCCCCUUCUUCCUUGCAGGAUCAGAUGCUCCCUCAACCCCUCCCUGGGGCUCCUCCUAAACAAGCCUAUUGUAUUUACUCUGGGGGAGAGAAGAUCCCCUUGGUGCUCAGUCGACCCCUUUCCUCCAACGUGGCCAGCCUGCUGCACCUCUGUCGGAAGACAGUCAAUGGACACCUGGACUCCUAUGAGAAAGUUACUCAACUCCCUGGGCCCAUCAGGGAAUUCCUGGACCAGUACGAUGCCCCUCUUUAAAAGGGGAUGGAUAAUGGACAUUCUGCCUUCACCCCACCAAAAUAUGCAGGGAAGGGGGUUGGCACCUCCGUCCCC